AUGGCCGAGCUCUAUCAUGCUCCUUCUUCCCUCCUCUUCUUUUCCUGUGUUGCUGCUUCUUUCUUUUUUAUGUCACAUGCAGGAAAUCUUAGCUUUGCAUUCCCUCCCACCUCGAAUUUUAUGCUUGAAACUGAUGCCUAUUUUGAAGGAGACAAGGUCAUUCAACUGACCAAGAACCUAUCCCGUAGCGUAGGCUGGGCAGCUUACAAUAAAUCGGUUCCACUUUGGGACAACUCCUCUCGAGCUCUGGCGAAUUUCUCUACACAUUUUCAAUUCAGUAUCGGGACGGGCAAUAAUAAUCAAAGCGCUUCCGGAGACGGAGUUGCUUUCUUCUUGGCGCCUCUUGACUUGAAACUGGCCUUGAAUACUUCUGGCGGAGGGCUUGGUUUGUUUAAUACGACAGUCUCCACUGAAUCAUUCAAUCCAGUGGUUGCCGUGGAAUUUGACACUCACAAAAAUGAAUGGGAUCCUGAUGACAACCAUGUGGGAAUUGACGUUAAUGGUAUUCUUUCCCAGGUAACCUUUUCGCCUGAAAGGGUGGGUUAUACAUACUCCGGCCUUUGUGAUGAAAAUCUCAAGAAUGGAAAGCAAUGGCACGCGUGGGUGGAUUAUGAUGGGGAAGCAAAGAGGCUGCAAGUGUUUAUCCUCUGUAAACCCAAUAGCGCUAGUGUUUCUAAACCUUCAAUCCCAAUCUUAUCUUAUCCUAUAGAUCUGCGCAACAAUCUCCCACCAAACAUCAAGGUUGGCCUCUCGGCUUCCACUGGAAACGCAAUAGAGAGACAUACUGUAAUAUCAUGGAAUUUUUCUUGUGAAUAUUCGUGGGGUAUCUCAGCUGCCGCUUUUCCAAAUAACACUUCCGGUGGACAGAACCCUUCCAUAGGAAAUCCUGCACACGAAAAGAGCAACAGCAAUCCUGUCAAAGUUAUUCUGAUAUCCGUGUUCUGUAGCGUUGUCGCUUUGUGUUUUUUGAUAUUCCUUGGCUGGCGGUGGAAGUUCAGAGAAAGCAUUCGCCGGAGUGACGAAGUUGAAGAAAGCGAUAUGGAGUUGGACGAAUGGUUUUCUCAGGGGCCCCGAAGAUUCUCCUACCCCGAGCUCAGUGCUGCGACAAGAAACUUCAGCGAAGAUGAAAAGCUUGGGCAAGGUGGUUUCGGUUGCGUCUACAAAGGCAUCCUGCCCGGCACGGGAGAGAUGGUGGCUGUAAAGAGAAUAUCCCAAGGCUCCAAGCAAGGAAGAAAGGAGUACGUCUCGGAGGUUACCAUAAUCAGUAAACUCAGACACCGUAACCUUGUGCAGCUUUUAGGAUGGUGCCAUCAAAAGGGAGAGUUACUACUGGUCUACGAAUACCUGCCAAAGGGGAGUCUGGACAAAUAUAUAUUUGGAGAGGAGGAGGAUACUAUGGAUUGGGACCGAAGGUAUAGUAUUGCCUGUGAUAUAGCAUCAGCUCUUGUUUAUCUGCACGAAGAAUGGGAUCAGCGUGUUAUUCACAGAGACGUGAAGGCAAGCAACGUAAUGUUGGAUUCCAAUUUUAACGCCAAGCUGGGGGAUUUUGGUUUGGCAAGAGUAGUAGAGCGUGAUCAGGUGGCCUCCCAUACGACCGUGGUGGCGGGUACGCUGGGAUAUUUAGCCCCUGAGUGCGUCAUAACGGGGAAGACAAGUCCAGAGGCGGAUGUGUACAGCUAUGGGGCGCUUACACUGGAAAUUGCCUGCGGAAGGCGGCCCUUUGAUAGCACACUUCUUGAACAUAAUUGCAGAUUGGUAGAAUGGGUUUGGGAUCUGUAUGGACAGGGAAACCUUUCAGAUGCGGCGGAUGGAAAACUUAGAGGAAAUUCCAAUUCUGAGGAAAUGAACCUGCUAAUGUUGGUGGGGCUGCUGUGUUCUCAUCCAAACCCAAUGUCAAGACCUACAAUGAGAGAGGUGAUAAAGAUACUGAAAAGUGAAGUAGAAUUGCCAUAUGUUCCUCUGGAUUUGCCGGUUGCUGUGUACAAUAAUCAGCCUCUUCGUCUUGAUGUGACGUCAUCUGCACUCCAGUGGUCCCUUGUGAAUGAAAUGUUGUCGUCACUGAAUGCGUCAGUUUUAUCGCCAUCUACGGCAUCAAGUGGCUCGGUCAUAUCGUCUAGCACAGGACUUCAGUAUCUCUAA